UGUCAGGGCAGGGUGGGGACCCGAAGGUAUUUCCAGAAGCUUCACUCGGGGUGCCCAUUGCCUUGGGGAGCCCAGCGGAGCCAUGGCUGAGGAGCAGCGAGACCUCAUCUCUGACCGCGGCAGCGGAGUGCUCAGUGAUGGGGACACCCAGAGGUCUGUGCUGAGGCGCAAAGUCGCCUUCUCCACACUCUCCAUCCUGGUGGCCCUGCUCAUUGCUGGCCAGGCUGUCACCAUCUACUUCGUGUACCAGCAGAGCGGGCAGAUCAGCAAGCUGACCAAGACCUCCCAGAGCCUGAAGUUGGAGGCUCUGCAGAGGAAGCUGCCUGCUGCAGGUGCCAAGCCAGUAAAUAAGAUGAAGAUGGCCAAGGCAAACACUCCUCUGGUCAUGAGUGUCCUGCAUCCUGCACCCUUUGAAGACCUCUCAGUUAAGGCCCCUGCUAGCAACAAAACCGAGGAUCAAGUGAAGCACCUGCUGCUGCAAGCAGACCCCAGCAAGAUGUUCCCGGAGCUGAAUGACAACCUGAUGGACAACUUGAAGAGACUGAGGAGCACUAUGACUCAUGUGGACUGGAAGUCCUUUGAGUCCUGGAUGCACAAGUGGCUGCUGUUUGAGAUGGCCAAGAACCCCAAGUCGGAGGACCACAAGGCAGUCCCAGCAGAGAAAGUGCAAACUAAGUGCCAAGCAGAGGCCACUUUUGGGGAUGAUCAGCUGGGCCGCUUCCGCCCACAGUGCGAUGAGAACGGUGACUACCUGCCCAAGCAGUGCCAUUUCUCCACCGGUUUCUGCUGGUGCUCCUACAAAAAUGGCACCAAGAUUGAGGGCACUGUGACUCGGGGAAAGCUGGACUGCCCCGGCACUGAUGCUCCCAGUGCUGCCACUGCCACCCCAGAUCCAGAGGAGAUGAUCUUCUCUGGGGUGGACAUGCUUAAGCUGAGCACAGGCAAAGGUUAGUGUAGAAGAGGAAGCCAGCAGUUGCCUUCAACAUCCCUGCCCCUUUAGCUCCUGCCUUAUUUUUUUUCUCUAUUUCUUUUCUGCUCUUACAUUGCUUUUCCAAGUCAGUUAACAGUGGACAUCCCUGGGCACCCUUCCCCUGCUGCAGAGCAUCAGACAGGGCUGAGCUGCCACCACCAUGAAAUAGAGCAGUAGAGCAGGCUGGAAAAUUAUUUCAACGACAUCAGAUCCAUAAAUCCUGUUCUCUUUGGCUCAAGCUCCAACAGCUCCCAGGCAGCAGUGCAGCUCACCCCUGCUGAAGAACUUUAGCUUCCUUACACCAAAUGAACAUUAAAAGCACCAAAUAUCCCCCACCAGCUUCUUAACUGAUCCCUGUAGGCUGAAGCCCUGUUAGAUUACUGGACUAAUGGGUUUUUAUUGUGGAAUGCUCAGAUUUGUACACAGAGAUUCACCUACAGCCUCAGCAGUGGGUAAUCAUAGGCAGAGGGGCUUCUAAUUUUCCUGAAUAUAUCUGAUUCCUCCUUUAUAAACAAUCUCACAAGCUAAUAAUUUCAAAUAAACUUUUCAGUAAGAAAGCCUCAUAAGCAACUCCA